AUGACUUCCACGGCCAGUCCCAAGCGUUGGUCUACUAUCUCUGCUUCUGCCAAUGCAGAAGCCGAGUAUAGAACUGUUUAUGACGACCCAAGUACAGCCCACGAUUGCGAUGGCGGCAUAUCUUGCUUAUGCCAAAAGCUGGCAUCCCAACCCUAUGGUCAUCCAUGGAUUGUGAGCCGCGCAGGGUAUCGCAAAUUCCUCACACAGCACCUUCAUUCAUACCUUCGAAACCCAGAUUUUUUUGAUAUGUAUACAUUCAACGAUCAUUAUGGCUAUGGCCAGCUUGAGAUGAUGCAAAAUCUCUUACUUGAUUUCGCCGACGCCGACCCUCUGUGGAGGGAACAGUGGGCUAUCGUGGAAGGGGCAGUUUUAUGGCUGCUGGAUGUAGAGUCGACUCCUAUGCUGCAGAUUGGCACCGGCCAUGAUCUGGUAGACAUUUUCGAUCUCAUCGGACGGAUGUUCGUGGCUAUGGUGGCGCGUUUGGAACGCGAAAACUUGCUCAGCGAAAUUCCCUCGCUUGGAGCUGUCAUGAGCAUGUUUGUCGGACUUUUCACCCGCUUACGCAAAUUUGACAUUGUCGAAAAAACAAGAAAGAUAACCGGUGCUUCUGACUACGAUGCACGCCGCCUUGCUAGCUAUGUGCUUGCCUACUCGAAGCAAUACAACAUCACACUUACGAGUUAUGUAGAUUCGGAGGCAUAUCAGGAAGAUUGGGGAGAAAUCAAGUUACCUACACCUACAAUGAACAAGAAUGAUCCGUGGGGUUUUUUCGGCGCGGUCAGGAGAUACCACAAAAGGCACUCCAAAGGAAUGGCCUUUCAUUAUUGUGGUUUCGUCGGGAUUGGUGGAGAUGCUCUAGAUAUCACGACCUGGAAAAGCGAUGAACGCUUAGCGAAGAGCCUGUCGAAGAAAGAUCCGCUUGAAAAAGAAGAUAUCGAUGCCAUCAAGCAAGGUUUGGUUUUGCAUUCUUCAGAGUAUGGCGACAUAGGACUUUUGGCCAAAGGAACUUUUUUCUGCGCCCUUCAGGUCAUCUUGGCGAUAGGACUCGGCUGUUUCACAGGUCUUCACAUGUCUGAUCGCUACACGUUUGUUCUCUUCUGCAUCCUCAUCCUUCGCAUUUAG